ACAACAACAACAACAACAACAACAACAACAACAACAAAUGGCUAACGAGCAAGAGCGCUUCCUUAAAGAGAUCCAAAACCAGCUAAGCAGCGCGCUAGAGAACAAAGAGCUCGACGAUGGGUACUUGGAGUCGGCUACGGAUCGGCUUUCACUGGAUAAAUCACUCUGGGAUCAUCAGGAAUCGUUGGCUGUUAUAGCACAGCUGGCUGUUCGGCUGCUGAAUGUUGGGAAGGACUACAACCUAGAGGCUGUACUAUCGUUGCUGGAUGUGCUCCUCAAGGCCUUGCCCUUUGAAACAAUCAUAUCGUUGUUCCCCGUGGAAGCCAUCGCCACAGCACUGCAAUCGCCUGUACCUCAGGUUCAGUCCCUGGGGUUGAAAGUUGUGGGCAAGGCCCAGCCAGUUGAUAUCAUCGCCAAUACUGAGCUUAUUCCACUCUGUGUUGAAUUGUUUGCCAAUGAAGGCUCAACUGUUGGCGUUGUCAACGAUUUCGAAAAAUCCAUGACGGUGUUGGUGACUGGUGAACUGAUACGCAGAAGGCUGUUGAGUUCACAGGUGUUGGGGACGCUACGUCGCAUGCUGGCUAGUGUGAGUCUUCGUAUGAGAUUGAACGACCUCCUCUUGAAACUGUUCCAAUACGUGAAACCGGGUGAAAUUCCAGAUGACUUGUACCAGUUUGACAAAUGGCUUGACGAUGACUUUUGGAUCGUUUCCACAAUUGAUUUUUACACAAGCCUACUAGAACUGGGGAAGAACUGGAUUGUGGAUGAUAUUUCUCAAUCCAUAGUGAGCUUAUCAAAGGAAUUCUGCUCGCAUGAACAGAGUACAGCUCAUUAUACCUUGAACGGGUUGCUUGGUGCCCUUUCAAGAACAUCUAUGGAAUUAACAAAGCAAGUUGACGAUGAGUCUGUUCACAUAUCGAUUGAAGACACUGAUCUACUUAUAAUGUUGAGCCCUGAAUACAUUUAUGAGUAUCGCAAGGAUAUAAUCAAAUCUCUGGGGCCACUUUCUGAUCAAAAUGCUGCAAUUUAUAUCUCACUCAUGGGCUCUGAAGGCGCGUUUAAACUGGCUGAACCUCAAUUCCAUUCAGGCUAUCUCUCGAGAUGUGACUAUUUGAACUUUUUAAUUUUCGCCUUGGGACUAACGUCCCAUUCGUAUACAAAGGCAUAUCUAUUGACAAGUGCACCAAGUAUAAUGAAUCGGAUAUUGGAACCUGGAAACAGAAUCAUUGAACCUGAUUCCUAUGAGCUGCGCAGAAGGUGUCUAUCCAAUCUCAUCCAGGAUGACCGUGAGUUGGGUGUUUGGAAGCAAAAGGUGUUCGCCGUUUGGCGUUCUAUAACACAAGGUCAAAGCUUUAGGCCUGGUGUUGAAAUCAUGGAUACCUCGCUAUGACAGUGCACAGCACUGUAAGGUGUUUAUACAUUUAUGCCAAGAACAUAAACGUUACCAUUCCUCUUUGUAAGCCAAUUCACUACGG